AUGACGUCACAGCCGCUAGGUCACGAGACCUACGAGCUGCAGGUCCUGGUUGUGGAUGAGAAGACCACCAUCACCCCCACCCCGGGGAACGGAAGCUUCUGCCAGCAGCUGACCAAGGAGGAGAUCCUGACCAACUUCACCGAGUGCCUUCCGCCGCUGCCUAAAGCGUUGUACUUCACGGACGACAACGCCGUGUCUGUAGCCGCCUACGCCUGCCUGUUCAUCAUCGCCGCCUGCGGGAACCUGACCGUCUUCAUCACGUUGUUCAGGAACCGGAGCACCAAAUCCAGGAUCAACAUGUUCAUCAUGCACCUAGCCAUCGCUGACCUUAUCGUGACCUUCAUCGUGUUGCCCCUGGAGAUCGCCUGGCACUCGACGGUGGCCUGGCGGGCGGGUGACGUGGCCUGCAGGCUGCUGAUGUUCCUGCGGGCCAUCGGCUUCUACCUGUCCUCCUGUAUCCUGGUCUCCAUCAGCCUGGACCGUUACUUCGCCAUCAUGAGGCCUUUGUCUAUCACAGAGGCCGACACCAGGGCCAGACUCAUGCUCAUCGUCUCCUGGCUCCUGUCCAUAGUCGCCAGCAUUCCACAGAGCGUCAUCUUCCACGUGGAGACCCACCCCACGUUCCGCUGGUUCCAGCAGUGUGUGACCUUCAACUUCUUCCCGUCUGCUGAGCACGAAAUGGCCUACAACCUGUUCAGCAUCAUCGCUCUCUACGGGCUACCAUUGGCUGUCAUCACUUCCGCUUAUUGCGUCAUCUUGUUCAGGAUUUCCAAGAAAUCUAAACAAAGCAAAGAUGAGAUGACUGUCCAGACGUACCACUGCGGGGACCACCAGCGGGCCGGACUACGGCGGUCCGGUGUGGGCAACAUCGAGCGGGCCAAGUCCAGGACGCUCAAGAUGACGCUGGUCAUUGUUGGGGCUUACGUCAUGUGUUGGACGCCAUACUUUGUCAUCUCAGCCUGGUACUAUUUCGACAGGAGAUCAGCUAUGAAGAUAGACGCCAAAGUUCAGCGUGGCUUGUUUAUAUUUGCCGUCUCCAAUUCCUGCAUUAACCCUAUUGUAUACGGCAUGUUUACCAUCAAGUUCAAGAGGGAGCUGAUCCGCUGCUGCUACUGUCUACGAGGGGUCUGGAAGAAGCGGCGCCUAGAACAGGACAGCUACGGACUGCGGCGGUCUCUGCUCUUCCCACUCAAGCGGAACUCCGAGUCGUCGACCUCCUCUAGGAACGACCGGCUGAUGAGGUCAGCUGGUCACGUGGACACCGCCUCCACCCCCGUGGCCCAGGGGUGCCGGUACUCCUUCGUCUCACCCUCGGCAGAUGUCAAGGUCAGCACCAGCCGGUGUUCGCUAAGCUCCGUGGGCCGGCAGGACCGGCUAGACCGGCAGGACCGGCUGGACGUGUUCAGCCCGGAUAAAGUCAACUACUCGCCGCUCGGCUCGGCCGUGCAGCUUGAGCGGUCCAACACGGGCAACUGGGUGCUGAGGGAGGACAGGGCGAACCUCAACAACUUUAUCAGGGUCGGCGGGACGGCUGAGUGA